GAAAGAGAGCGAGCGGCGGCGUGUCUCCUCCUCUCCGAGUGACACAGCAGUUAGAUAUGCCCUAUCGGUAACUUCAAGCCCACAAACUCCACCUCUGACUGAGGAAACUGUGGGCUGAGGGAAAUGUAGUGCGCGAAAUGAGACAGACAGUGAAUCAUUAGCAAACUGCAACGCCAGGAUGAACUUGUCGGGAACCUAAGAGGCGAGGGGAAACAAGCGCCGAGAGUCCCUCUCUCUUUCCCCACCUCCCUCCCUCCCUCCUUUCUUUCUUUUUUUUUUUCUUUUCCUUUGAGCGCUGCUGGGUUUCGUCCAAAACAAUCAAACUGGAUGUAAAAGCUGGUGGAUCACCAGUCCAAGAUGCUUCUGGUUUCCCCGCGGGUAGAUGCACCACGCAUGGAGCCGCAUAUUCCAUGGUCUCAAGACGAUGUACAUGGUUCUCCUCCUCCACAUUCAUCCUCUCAACAAACCUGUGAGAACUUGUACCCAUCUUUAUGGCAUCCGUCUUGGGAGACAAUGGAGGAGUGUACCUUUGAGGGAGAGCUGAUGGGACCCAUUAAGAGAAAGCUAGACGAUGAUGGUUCUCCAACCUCUACCACCAUGCCUGAGGCCAGCUUUCCAAGCGACAGUAAGAGACUCUGUCUUGACGAUGUCACCCUUUCCAUGGGACAUGGGGCCAAUCCUGUUUCAUGCGCAGAUAUGCAGCAGUCCCCAUUCUCCACCAGCCACAGUGCAUCCUCUAUGGGAGUGGCAGGGCAUGGAAUGCUGCUUGAAAACAACCACAUGAGUGGUAGCAGUAUAGGUUCUCCAUUUCAAGUGCCACCUAACAGUGAAGUAGCACAGAAGGGGCCCUUAGGUGGCCAUUUUGAUGAGAAAGCAGGAAACAUGCAUGCUGUGGACCAGGAGCUGCAAGAUCUGCUGGAGGAGCUGACGAAAAUGCCUGAUCCUUCUCCCAACGAGUUGGACCUUGACAACAUCUUGGAGAAAGAUCCCCUUGGUGGCCCAUGCCACCCGCAGCAAUCCAUCAGCAGCACUCCAAGGGCCUCUCCACAGACCCCGCAAUUCGACAGCCAUGUGCCCAACAAAGACUUAUCGCAGGGGUCUCCUCAAAUGAGGCCUUCAUCAGCUGGCGCAAGCUACCUGGUUCCGAACCAAAUCAAGAACAUUGGUUCACCGGUUUCUUCAAACAACGCACCAAACAAGAGCCAAGCUCAGUCUAUGCUCCAAGGAGCUAUGCCCAGCAUGCCUGGCACCAACUGGCAUGCGCAGCAGCUAAAGCAACUGGCUGCGAGCAAGCAAGGCCCAACUGCUAAGCCUCAAGCUUCCAGUUGGCCUGCCAUGUCGUCACAAGGCCUCUCUCCUCCUUAUCAACAAGGAUCGUCCCCUCACCAGCAGCCGUUCAGCCCUCAGAAUGUCAUGGUGUCUGGCAUGAGCUCUAGCAGUGUGCCAGGGAGCAGCAUUCAGAGUCCUCAGAACUCCCUGCUCUCCAGCAUAACAUCUGGUAACAACCCGUCCGGCGGUCCAUCUCCUCCUUAUGGUUCCGAGAAGCUUUCUAGCCCAGUUCUCAACCAGCAGCCGUUCAGCCCGCCAAAUCCUAUCCUGACCAACCUAUCCGGCAGCAGCAUCAAAAGCCCACAGAGUACCAGGCCCUCCCCACCAUACAGGCCAGAGAAGUUGUCGAGCCCUGCUCUGCACCAGCAGCCCUUUAGCCCUCAGGGCACCAUGAUGCCAAGCGCCGCCUCUACAAGCAGCUCAGCCAGCAUGCAGGGCUCUCUCUACAAACCCAUGUCGGCAACCCAGGCCAAAAGUAUGGGCAUGAAGUAUGGGCAGCAGCCCUCAAACAACAUGCAGUCGGGCUUGAUGAACGAAAGCGACCUGGGCAGCCAAGACCAGUUCUCCUUCAGUAACACCAAGCCGCUGUCCCAUUUCAGCUCUGAGCCCCCAGCUCCAGCUCCUCAGAAGAUAGAUUUCCCUACAGCCCAUAGGAAGACGCUCCUGCACUAUCUGCAGGCAACGGGGCCGGUGCCCCCGCCACCGCCAAAAUCUUCUCAGCAGUCCCAGCAAGCUAACAGCAGCCAAAGCCAAGUCAUGCAGCAGCAGCAGCAGCAGCAACAACAACAACAAAUGAUGCACCCGGCUCCGGUUCAGCGGCCUCGACAGAGAUCUCAAAUCAUUGCUAGACUUCAGGAGCCACUAGAGAUCCCACCUGCAGUCCCAGCCUCAGCCUUGGUGAAUGGCUGUAACAUAAGGAACCAUCUACUGAAGCAGCAGAUAAUGAGACGGCAGCAGCAGCAGCAGCUACAGGAAAAGCAGAGACACAGCAUGAUGGGAGUAUCAUCUGAGCAGAGGGGUCAUUUUGUGGGGCAGCUGAUGAAUCAGUUUACUGCCGUUUCCCAGCCCAUGUCAGCAGAUUGCACCCAGUCCAUGUCGACUCCUUCUCCAAAUCACCGCCUAAUGUCAUCUCCCCAGGGAAUGUUGCAGAGUACCUUGGGCUCUGGGAUCACUCAGAUGGCCCCUGUGAACCAGAAUACUGGGGCAGUGGUGAUGAUUGCACACAACCCCAGCAAGCAGCCAGGAAUGUACCCACCUAAUGCCGAUUUCAGCCUCCCAAUGCGGCAAAGCCAAAAUCCCCUGGGUAUGAGUUCCGGAAUGCAAACGGUUCACGGCCACCCUACCCUUCGGCCUGGCAUGGUGCUGGCCAGCUUUGCCUCUGGUUCCCUAUCGAGCCACACUUCACAGCAGCAGCAGCAGCAGCAGCACUUGAGGCAGCAGACGAUGCCAAGAAUGGCUAACGUCUACUCCACCUCUCCUCAGAUGUGGUCACAAAGGAUGCCAAAUCAAAGCCAGAUGGAUGCCAGUAUGCAGCAGUUCUCUGGCAAUGCUAUCUUCUCGAAGCAGAAUGCAAGGCCAAAUCUCUCUGGUCCGUCGUUUACCCAGUCUGUGGCACCACCCAAUCAGAUUGCUCCUGGGGUCCAUGCCAGACAGAUGCAAAAAGCCAGUAUGGGACAAUCAGGCCAGAACUUGGGCCCUCUGAAUAACCAGAACCUGAGACCCAAUCUGACAAGAGUACCUUUGCAAGCAGCGAUGAAUGUCAUGAAGCCAAUGCCGCAAGGCAUAACCAGUUUUAGCCAGCUCAGUGCUGCACACCCAGUCGGCCUACCAACUUAUCCUGGCUCUGCCGGCCAGUCGUCAGGAUCAUUCAGCAGAAUGAGCCCUGCCUCUGAGAUGCAAUCCCAGUACGACUUCAUGGUCCAGCAAAACGAUGCCCUUCUGCCUGAUAACUGCAGCGAUGUUGACUUUAUCGAUAAUCUCAUGAAGAAUAGCGGCGGCAGCGGAAGCAGCGACGAAGAGUGGCUGAAUAAUUUGACAAUGAUAGAUGACAUUUUGGGGCAACAAAGCUCUGGACACGUGUGAUUCUUGAGGGAUGAUGCUGAUGGGUAUGUAAAUAAUCUGUGCAGGACUAAAAAAAGAAAAAAAAGCAUUUACAAUAAUAAUAAUAAUAAUAAUAGAAAUCCUCCCCUUCUUAAUUAACUUGCCCAACUAACUCUUCACCUUUCUCCCAGAUUUUUCAAAUAGCGCUGUAUAUAUAGUUGAAUAUUUUUUGUAAAUUAUGUUUUCCUAAACAUUAAAUAUGGAAGUAUUUAUACUUC